ACAUCCAAAGAUCCAAACUCCCAACGACAACCACAUCAUCAUCAUGGUGCAAGCAUCGUCCAACAUGCGAAGACCGACUGUCACUCCACACUUUUGUGCAGUGCUCUGCCUGAUCCUCGUGGCCACCAAGACGGCAGCCUUUUCCUGCCAUCACGGCAUUUUCUCUCCUCGACGUUCGGCUGUGGCAAAACCUUAUGAUCCUCUGGUACACGUGUCACCAACCGCCUCUCGCUCAAGAACGACAGUGAUUGUAUCCCAAUCCCAAGACGAUACUGACACAAUCAGCAGUGAUACCCUGUCUUCUCCAUUGAAUGAUCCAGCCUUGGCCACUCUGGAUGUUGUCGCCUUGCUGGGAUUUGCAGCGAUUGGCAAGGCUUCCCACGCUCCGGAUGGAUCCAUUGACUUGGGGGCCGUCUUGGUGACGGCAUUCCCCUUUCUCACCGCCUGGUUGGCGACAUCACCCUUGACGGGUAUCUAUUCGGAUUUGGACUUUGGCAACACUGACAAUAAUAAUAAGGGGGAUGUAGCCAAAGGAGCUCUGAUUCAAACGGCCAAAGGCUGGGCUUUGGCGAUCCCACUGGGAUGUGCCCUGCGAGGUGUUAUCAAGGGAUACGUGCCACCAUUGCCGUUUGUCAUUGUGACACUUGUGGCAACUUUGGUCAUUUUAGGUACUGUUCGAGCACUCUAUGCGGUUGCCACCACUUCCGACUAGAUAGCUACGGUACCGUACGGUAGUGGUGCGACUGACGGAGCGCCGAAAAUAUACAUUGGCUAAUUUCGUGCACCGAACUAUAACUACAGCUACCGGUAGCCUAAAUCAUACUGAAAAUCAUGUAUUGGAUAGUUG